UAAAAUACUUUUUUUGUUUCAUUUUUGUUCCUAAAACCUAAAGUUGUCACUUUUAGUAAUGGUUGUUGCUUCUGUUGCCCUAACUCUUCCUUCUACCCAUGUGUUUUUUGCAGUCGAUGAUGAGUACAUAAUAGUUGGUUCAGCCAACAUCAACCAGCGGUCGAUGGACGGCUCGAGGGACUCUGAGAUCGCCAUGGGUGCAUACCAGCCGUAUCACUUGGCGGUGAGAGAGCCAGCACGAGGCCAGGUCCACGGCUUCCGUAUGUCGCUGUGGUACGAGCACCUUGGCAUGCUUGACGACUGCUUCCUGUACCCAGAUAGCGAGGAAUGCAUCAACAAAGUGAACCAAGCUGCUGAUAAGUAUUGGGAUCUGUACUCGAACGAGUCGCUCGAGCACGAUCUCCCGGGCCAUCUGCUACGAUACCCGAUCACCGUCGACAGUGAAGGCAACGUGACGGAGUAUCCUGGUGCUGAGUUCUUCCCGGACACCAAGGCUCGUGUUCUCGGUGCUAAAUCGGAUUACCUCCCCCCUAUCCUCACUACAUAAACCCAAGACCACGAGUUACUUGGUUCUUUUGCACGUUAUCAACGUUUAUGAUGAUAACCUUUUCUUGUUUCUGAUGAAACCUACUAGCUGAAUUUCUAAAUAAAGUUGGAUGGUCUGUCUGUAUUGUCUACAUUUGUAAACGUUUUGGUGUGAGAAGUACGUUUUGAGUGUUUGGGAAUGACAAUGUACUUCGUUUUCAGUUUUCAGGCGGCCAUGGUUCUAGAUCAGUCAGGCAUGUUUGUAGAUUGGUUGUUUGAUGAUAUGGUUAUUUUUCUUUCAAUCUCAUUACCUGGGAUUCGUAAGCUUCUAGAGUACGGUUUUUGCUAUAUUUUGGGAGAUGGAAUUCAUUUUCAUAUUAUACUAGAAUCAAUACCCACGGUUACACCGCCGGAACUAAACUUGCAUCAAAAUC